AAAGCAAUGACUGAUCGAUCAGCUGUCCAAAAAACGUAAAUAAAUAAAUAAAUAAAGCUUAUAAGAAAAUCUGGAGGAGCACAAAUAUGGGAAGAAAAUCCAGAAAAACAAAGUCACUGUGUCAAAACACCAUCGAACAUGAACCGGACCCUGAAGAUACAAAAGAACAAAUGAUAAAGAUUACAGAACAUAUUAAUGAUAGAUCUCAAAAUUUCAUAAAAACGGAAGAUCCCACAAAUUUAUCUUAUUCCCAGACUGGCUUAUACGAGGUGGUUAUGCUAGAUGCUAAUGAUCUGAUUAAGGAGGAGUUCGCCCUGGAGGAUCCGAAUGCGGAAGAGCACAAUGAAGAAGACGAGGAAGAGAUAAGCUAUCAAUUGGCUGGCCCGCCAAAAAUGUGUUCUAAGUGCUUGGAGGCUUUUCCCAUCGACAACUUUUCAUCUCACACAUGCAGGGACAUUAAUGCCGAUCGAUUCAGCUGCAAAAUCUGCCCUCGAAAGUUUCGUUACAAGUCUUUGCUGGUCGUACACUUAAAAAGCCACGUCAGACGGCAAAAGGGCGAGAGCAUACCGGAACUGGAUUUAGCGAAACCCACAGCCCCCAGGACCAAGCCCAACUUCGAGUUAAGCUACUCACCCACUCCAAGGUGGAAGAUAUCUCGUCGAAGAGCGGGGAUGCUGAAGCGCGACGAAAUGCGUGUGCAUCAACAACGUCUGUGCCUCUAUUGCCCCAUUGCCUUCUCAAACGAAUCGCACCUGGAGAAGCACCUGAGGGAUCACCAUGCUGAGCGCCUUUAUACAAGCGAAUUAAUAAUCCCAGAUUUCGAGACUGAUGCCUCAGAACGGAUAUGGGUCAAAUUAGACUAGGAUGAAACAGUAUUAAGCGUUUAGCUAUUUUAGUUCUAUACAAUCACUUUCAAGAUUUUAUCAAGGGGUAUUCUCAAAUUUAA